CGCGCCGCAGCCGCCAUGCUGUUCGCGCGCCGCGACAUCGAGGCCGCGGCCGCGGCCGCGGCAGCCGGCCAGGACGACCCGUCGGCGGCCAAGAGGAGCAAGCCGGACUCGCCCUCCGCGGCGCGCCCCACUCUGACGCGGACCGAGGGGCUCGCCGCCGCCGCGGUGCUCGCGCUCUUCGUCGCCGGGAUCUUCUGCAUCUUCCUCGCCGCGCCCCGCCGCGAGUUCGGCCAGAUCCUCCGCCUCCCGCGCAGCCUCGCCGACGUGCGCCUCCUCAAGGAAAAUCUUGCUGUCUAUGCAAGAGAUCAUCAGGCAAAUUUUGUAUUGGGGUAUUGCUCCAUAUACAUCUUCAUGCAGACAUUUAUGAUCCCUGGAACAAUAUUUAUGUCUUUACUUGCUGGAGCACUUUUUGGAGUGGUUAAAGGUGGCAUCUUGGUCGUCUUCACUGCCACAGCUGGGGCAUCAUCUUGCUAUUUUCUCUCCAAGUUGAUUGGUAGACCUUUGGUUAGCUGGUUGUGGCCUGAAAGGCUGAGAUAUUUCCAGUCAGAGAUUGCAAAGAGGAAAGACAAACUGUUGAACUACAUGCUUUUUCUGAGAAUAACACCAACUUUGCCCAACACUUUUAUAAAUAUGGCGUCACCCAUUGUCGACAUACCUUUCCAUAUUUUCUUUGCUGCGACACUAGUUGGACUCAUCCCAGCGUCUUAUAUUACUGUGAAGGCUGGGAGAGCUCUAGGCGAUCUGAAGUCAGUUAGGGAUUUGUAUGACUUCAAGACAUUAGUUGUUCUAUUCCUGAUUGGUUCUGUUGCUGUUGUCCCAACCAUCCUGAAAAGGAAGAGAAUAUACGAAUGAUGCCUCAGAACGCAUCUAAAUACGGGAUGAGUGUAUUAGUAGUUUUUUUGCCUUUCUUUUAUUUUCUUUAUAUUAUAUAUGUAUACCUAUGCUGUUCUAGCUGUAAAGAUGUAACAACCUGAAUGCCUCCUUUAAUAAUAGAAGACGUUAUUACUGUA